CUCCUCACCUUGCUAGCUACCACACAAUACCUCAAUUGUGUGAUAUCCUCCCUAAAAUAAUGGACGCUAGGACUCUUGAAGGGAAGCAUAGCAGUUUGAAAGAAAAAAUGAUCAACAAAGAUGAUUUCCUGAUUGAGGAUGAGUUGGAGGAUGACAUGGAAGAAUAUGAGAGUGGCGGCGGUGUUGGUUUAGCCGAUGAUGAAAAGAAGAAAGGAGCCGGUGUUAUGCAUGGGAAGAGAGGGACUGGUAGUGGCGGAGCGUCUCCACCAUCCUGCCAAGUGGAGAAGUGUGGAGCUAAUUUAACUGAUGCUAAGAGGUACCACAGGAGACACAAAGUUUGCGAGGUUCAUGCAAAGUCACCAGCUGUGGUUGUUGCUGGCCUCAGGCAGAGGUUUUGUCAGCAAUGCAGCAGGUUCCACGAGCUAGCGGAGUUUGAUGAAACUAAGAGGAGCUGCCGUAGGCGUUUGGCAGGGCACAAUGAGAGGCGCCGGAAGAGCACAGCUGAGUCUUAUGGAGAGGGUUCAAACCGCAAAGGCGUCAAUACUUCUUUGAAAGAGAGCCCGUGCAGGCAAUCUGAUGAAAGAGGAAGAUUUCAGAUAAACAUCCCACCCCAAGGAAGUUCCUCUUACAAGCGAUCCCAGAUCAGAUGAAGACCAAACCAGCGGCAUGCUCCCUCUCUUCUGUCAAGUAACAGCUUAAUUCUACGCAUGUUUGGGACCGUAUAAGAUCGACCACUACAAGGGAUCGUAUGUUCUUGGUGUACUUUAGUAUCUACUUGCUGUAAUGUUGUUUGACAGAGUCUGUAUUAUGUGGAUUAGGCCUCAAAUGGUGUUCAAGGUUCUACCAGCAUUGGCUUGGUGGAAUCUUUUUGCUAUCCUAUAAAGAAUAAUAUUGACUA